UGACAAGCCUGCGAUGCUGCCUUCUUGAGUAGCAACUAUCCUCCAAAUCUGUCCCUCGCUCGGACCUGUCUCUCCUUUUCAGUCUGGAUCUGCAGUUCGUCGCUCCCUGUACCCCCCUUCCAGCAAUUAUUGUCUCGACGUCUCUCCUUUACAAGUCGCCCAAUUCGACCUCUCCUUCCGCUGUGAUACACAACUGGUCUCUCUGGGUAGAUGCACGGCAAACGCGUCAUCGCUGUCCUUCAGGCUCGUCUCGAAGCCUACUUUCCUUCUGAUCCGUGAAUCCAUCACAUUCUCCAGCUUUACCAUGAAAUGCGGGUGGCGGUUUAUACUAUGUUUUUUGUUUCUCUUAACAGUCUGUUUUGUCGCUCUCAAGCGCCAUCUCCAGGAUAUCUAUGAUCAGUACAGCGCGGGCGCGUACCUAGCCGAACUCCUGAAACAGCAUGGAUCGGGCUAUACUGUGCCAGUGCCGAAUCAUGGCAGUGUGGGAGACAAGGUGAUUGUGAUGGCCAAGUUGGAAGAGGAACACACCGAAUGGGUGGAGCAGGAACUACCAGACUGGCAACGCGCCAUCUACACAGUUAACCCAUCUCGGUCGUCCGAGGACAAGCACGUCCUGACGACACCGGUGAACAAAGGUCAUGAGUCCAUGGCCUACCUAACCUACCUGAUCGAUAACUACGACCAUCUACCAUCGACGAUCGUCUUCCUUCACUCCCACCGCUCGGGUUUCUUCCUCGCGUGGCACGUGGAUGCGCCACUGCACGACAAUGUAGCCGCCAUGAGAUCUCUCCAGCUCGACUUUGUCCAGCGGAACGGAUACGUCAAUCUCCGGUGUAACUGGAAUCCCGGCUGCGUGAAGUCGCAUCGGAAGAAUGCGCACGUCACGGAACAAGUGUUCAGGGAGAUCUUCGAGGGAACUAGCACUCCGCCCAGAAACACGACCAUUUCGACACCUGCGGACAACCCAACCAUCGCUGCUGCGUCCAGGAAUAAGCAGAAGUUCUUGGAGAUUCCCGAUAAUGUGGGAGCGGCCUGCUGCGCCCAAUUUGCUGUGUCGCGGGAUCAGGUCCUACAGCGACCGGUGGAAGAUUACAUCAAGAUCCGACAAUGGGUUAUCGAUACAGACAAGACCGAUGCGGCCAGCGGACGUGUCAUGGAGUUUUUGUGGCACGUCAUCUUUGGCAAAGAAGCCGUCUAUUGUCCUGAUUCGGAAGUCUGCUACUGCCAAGUAUAUGGCCAGUGCUGAAAAAUAAGGCCUCGACCAAGAAAUUCCCUGCCAGCCUCAACUUCCAUCUGCUUUCUUUCUGCCUCCUUACCAGCGUUCCGCCUCU